AUGGUUGUGCUUACGUUCAGAAAGGAAGCGUUAUUGACAUAUUACAACGAGAAUGGCGCAUGGGAUCUCGUGAGAACUGCUGCGAGAACAAAACUAGACAAUCGUAUUGUGUCUUUCGAGAUCGAGAUAGUGAGGAAACCUGGAUUUGUGAUAAUAAAUAUGAUACUUCCCCUUUUAUUAAUGUCCGUGCUGAAUAUCCUGGUCUUUUUGAUCCCUACAGAGUGCGGAGAGCGCAUCGCUUACUGCCAGACGGUGCUACUGUCUAUUGCGGUCAUCCUGACGCUUGUGGGAGACAACCUCCCGAAGAACUCGAGCCCGAUGUCAUUGUUCAGUUACUAUAUGUUGUCCUUGCUCGUAAUCAGCGUCGCCAUCACGGUCGCUGUCAUAUGCAGCCUGCACGUGUACCACAGAAGUGGCAAGCAACCGGGAACCGUGUGGAGGGCCAUCACCAGGGGCCUCAAAUGCUGCACUGUCCGGCGGUCUUCCGAUUUUCUGGACUCCACAAAGCUUGAAAGGGAGGAAAUACGCUUUAUGAAUAAUGUCUCAUCAUUCGCUUCACCUGCCAAGAAAUAG